AAAAAAAAAUAAAUAAAUAAAUAAAUAAAAAUGAAUAAAUAAAUAAAUAAAUAAAAAUAAAAAAGAAAGAAAAGAAAAUAGAAAGAGAAUGAUGAAAAUAAGAAGAUAUGAGUAAGAAACACAUGGAAAACAACUCGAAUAUAUAAAGUAAUAAGGACAACAGUAACAUCACCACGUAUGAAUUUAAUAUCCCUUGGUGACCUUUUGCCAAACAAUUCACAAACUAUUCCUAUAACCUGACAUUCUCAUUAAAAAAGAGAGAGAGAGAGAGUAAAUUUUGAAAGGAAAUGAAAAAUGAAGAAGACAAACACAUGAUGGAAGAAGAAAGAAAAAAAUAUAUAAAAAAAGAUCAGCCUACUAGAGAGAGAGAGAGAGAGAGAGAGAAGUAAAAUAUUCCGUUGUGUUCCAUCAGGCUUGGGGCAACAAACCAACAACAUUCAAAUCCCUAAAUGACAAAAUAACUCUUUGUAUUACUUAUGUAGACUCCACUGCACCUUACGUCUAUUGUGAUGACUAAUGACAUUCAAAUAGCGUCGGGAUUAUAUGGUUCCCUGGAUCUGUAGCGGCGAGUUUAGGAGGUUCAGAGGAAAGUGGGUUCUGUUCAGGUUUUAAAAGAGGAGGUUCAAAGUAAAGGAGAUUCUGUUGAGGUUUUAAAAGAGAGGUUCAGAGGAAAGGGGAUUCUGUUGAGGUUUUAAUUUAAGGAGAGGUUCAGAGGAAAGCGGGCUCUGUUCAGGUUUUAAAAGAGGACAUCGUUAAUUAAAUAAUCUUUCGUUAACAUUAACCUCUUCAAUACUGGGACACAUUUUUACCUUGAGGUUUGUGUACGAUUAAACCAUUUUAUUGACAUUAGGAAGGCUGUAUGGAAGUCAGAAGAUUAAUGGCCACAGUCUUUACUAGUUUAAUCCCAUACAUAAGUCUGAAGCUGUAUUGAAUCAUCAGAUGAUAAGGUACUCAAGGGCUUAAGUUCACUGAUAAAUUGAAUGAUGCAAUGAAAGAAAUGGAGUUGACUUUAUUUUCAAGAAGCUGCAGAAGAAAGUACGUUUUUUUGGAGACAAGUACGAAAAGGAAAGUGUAAAAUAGCUCAGAUAGGAAAGGCACCAGUGACAGUAUAAUUAGAAGCAAGAGUCUGCUGGAUUAGGAUAAAUGUCAUUGAUAACUUUACAUGUAACUGAAUAAAUGUGUAUAUGCGUUUAUCUCUCUCUCUCUCUCUCUCUCUCUCUCUCUCUCUCUCUCUCUCUCUCUCUCUCUCAAAGGCGGAUCAGCAUUCAGAAAUUGAGGAAAUCUUUCUUUUACUACGUGUUGAAAGGGAGACUAUAAUAAUUAAAAGCGUCUCUCAGAUUUAAGAGAGACAUAAUGCAUAGACUGAUGUAGUUGUGAAUUAUAAAUGUGUGUGUAACUUUUUUCUUCUCUCUUUAUGUUUGAAAUUGGUUAAAGGUUUAUAGAAAGGAAAAGAAAAAAAAUAGAUAAUGUGUUGGGAAUGAAUAAAUUAAUAGAUAUAUCGUGUGCAUGGUAGCGUUACUGGAAUUAUUAUUAUUAUUUAUUAUCUAAAAAAGAUAAUAUUCCAGUGUUUGUGUAUUGUGGGCAGAUUAUUUAUUUAAUUAGUUUUAUCAUUGGUGGGUGGUGAUAAUUAAUUUAUUUUUCCUAUUUUGUUAUCUUUAUCAGGUUCGUUAAUAAUUGUAAUAUUGAUCUUUGGUUUCCUGUUCAGUGAUUCUAUAAGGUGUGUGUGUGUGUGUGUGUGUGUGUGUGUGUGUGUGUGUGUGUGUGUGUGUGUGUGUGUGUGUGUGUGUGUGUGUGUGUGUGUGUGUGUGUGUGUGUGUGUGUUUUCAGUGCCACAGCAGACAGCCCUCAGUGUGUUGACAGCAUAGCACAGCGAUUAACCACAGUGGAGAUUGAGUAAUGUGUUGAGAGCGAAGUACGGUGAAGGGGAGCGUAAAACUGUGUGUGUGUGUGUGUGUGUGUGUGUGUGUGUGUUGUGAUGUAAACAGAUUAAGAAAAACAUGACAAAUGAUGACAGAGAUGCGUGGAAGUGUGUGACGUUGCUCAAUUGUGUUAAAAAAAAAAAGAAGAGGAGGUAGAAGAAGAAGUAGAAGAAGAAAAAAAAAGGAGGAGGAGAAAGAAAAAAAAAGGAUAAAGAUGAUAACUAGUAGAAAAUAAAGAAGAAAAAAAUGUAUUAGAGUACUGUAUACAAAUCGGGUGAUGAAAAAUAAUACAUGAUACAUAGAGAGAAUAGAUCAAGUUAGUGUCAUAUGGAUGUUUCUUUCGGGUGUGUGUGUGUGUGUGUGUGUGUGUGUGUAGUUCAGAAGGGAGUCAGAUGCUGGUUCAGUGGAGCAUCUCAUGAAAUCUGCCACAAAUACACACUUCCCAGCAUCUGCAGCAAUUCUUUGGGGCACCACCACCACCACCACCACCAACAACAACAACAAGAAUAGCAACACCUUCGACACAGCUAAUACCCGCCAUGGACCAGCAAUAACAAACAACAGUGCAGAAAACAAGAAAAACAACACAGUGAAAGACUCCAGCAAGCCUCCCACUCCUUCACUGUACUAGACCCCUUGGCGAUUCUCUCGUAGACGAAAACAAGAGAAAAAAAGAAACGUAGAUUUAAAACACGAAGCAAAACAAGAUGAAUCCUUAAGCUGUGAAUACAAGGACUCUUUCUGCAUCUUCUACACCUGCAGGGACACACAUCGCGGCCUCCCCUGCCUCCCCUUGCCUUCCCUUCACCAUGCCGACUAGUAAAGGCAUGGAGCUGUGCCAGGUGUAUGAACGGUACCAGGCCAGGCUGAGACUCUCUGCCUUCCUGGGGGUGCUGGUGCUGUCCUGGCUGGCGGCGGUGGUGUUGCUGGUCUUCCUCGCCCAUAACAGACAGACAUCCUCGUGGCCCUCCUCAGCAAUUCUACUCGCCUGCUAUGCCGCUCACCUGCUCCUGCUCCUCGCUGCUGCCCAGAUCCUGAGCAGCUACCUCCCCUGGCUGGCCACCAUGCUGGGGCUCUUCUACUGGCACGGCACGGUAGGGGCGGUAGUGGGCGUGACUGCUCUCCAUCCCCCUGCCACUCCCGCCCACCUCGCGCCCACAACCUUCCUACUGGUGGUUGUCACGCACACCGCCCUGCCACUCAGACGCCUCCACGCUCGCGCCCUCGCCGCCCUCACCUCGCUGCUCCCCCUCACCUCUAAAGUUGUGGACCCCGCCCUCACCUGGACCCCCACGCAGGUGGUGGCGUGCUGUCUCCUUGUGGGCGCUGGACACGUGCUGGGCUGGUGGUUGGACUGGGAGGCGUCACGAGCACACGAGAUCUCCUACGCCACGGCCAAGGAAGCCAUAGAAGCAAGGGUCAAACUGAGACUUGACAGCUCACAACAAGAACACCUCCUACUGUCUGUUAUCCCUGUGUAUCUUGCUUUUGAGGUUCGCAAACACCUGAUGUCACGGGCGGCGGGGGCGUGUACUCAAGGUUCCUCGCAGCAAGACAACGCCCCGCCAAAGAGACAGUUCCACGAUUUGUACGUUCAGAGACACAACAACGUAAGCAUUUUGUACGCCGAUAUAGUCAACUUCACACCUCUAUCUGAGCAGCUGAGCGCGUGUGACCUCGUGAGGACGCUGAAUGACCUGUUUGGCCGCUUUGACCAGAUUGCCAAGGAGAACCAGUGUCUGCGCAUCAAGAUCCUCGGGGACUGCUACUACUGUGUCUCCGGCCUGCCUGUGUCCCGCCCCAACCACGCCAUCAACUGCGUCAAGAUGGGCCUGGAGAUGAUCAGAACCAUCAGGAAAGUACGAGAGGCUGUUGGCUUCAAUGUGGAUAUGCGCAUUGGUAUUCACACUGGGAAUGUUCUGUGUGGAGUGCUGGGACUGAGGAAGUACCAGUAUGAUGUGUGGAGUGACGAUGUGACGCUAGCCAACCACAUGGAAGCUGGUGGAGUACCGGGCCGCGUCCACAUCACACAGGCGACACUGAACCGACUGGACAACCGGUUCGAGGUGGAGCCAGGGAACGGUCACCAGCGCGAUGCUUACCUGGCUGAUCAUAAAGUGGACACCUUCCUUAUUGUGCCCAAGGACAGCGAUACGAGCUUCGGGAUGGGCGGCAGGAACUUGAGUGUGAAGAGAGGCAGCAGCAAAGCCCCGGACUCCUCCAACAACGCUCUCAACAACGGCAAUAACAACGGCACGGCGGCCACGGAGGAGGGACAGAGGGUCGGACAGAGGAAGAUCACUAAAUACCAGGAGUGUUGGGGAGCUGACACGCCCUUCGCCUCGCUUGCUGAACGGGGGAUGCAGAAAAAUAUUUAUAUCACUAGUGUGGCCACGAUUCAGUCCAGCCUGCUUCCACCUGGGCCUGUGAUUAAAGAUUGCAGGUGGUGGUGGGAGGACGGGUGGUGGGGGCUGCAGAAGGAGAAGGAGUACCGCCGGCGCCCACAAUCCACCUACCACCACGCCCUCGCCGCCGCGGCCACCAUCACACUUCUGGAGGCUGCCAUUGUUGCUUCAGCGCUUCCUGCUGGGUCGUGGGUGGCGUGGACGUGGGUGGGUGCGGGCGUAGCGGUGGCGGCGGGCGUGUGCCAAUGGGCGUGGUGGGGCGGACGGCGUGUGGUGACUGACUCAUGGGCGGCGCGGGUGGUGUCUGCGGCGGUGAUGGUGGUGGUCAGUGUGGUGGUGGCUCUUACAUGGAUGCUGAUGCCUGGAGAAUGGACGAGCCCGCUGACGUCACACGAGGAGACAGCCAAUGAGAACACGACACUGCCCAUCCUUGCCCUGCCUCUCGUCCAAUCACUGCAGGACAACGCCGAGGUGUGGACGUGGGCGGGGCUGGUGUCUGUGGGCGUGGUGGCAGCAUUCCCCUUGGUGGGUUCCUGGACUAAGGUGGGCGUGAUGGUGGGCGUGGCGGCAACACAUGGAGUUCUCGUCCUGAACCGCCCACACACCCACUUCCUCGUCGCCUUCUUCAAACACGAUUACAGCCGACUGCCGGGCGUGGAGUGGUGGGUGGUGGCGGGCGUGCAGGUGGCAGGGCUGGUGGGCAUUCUAAGUGUGCUGGGUGGACAGAGUGACUUCCGCGCCCGUAAGCAUCACAUGUGGAAGGCGAUGGUGGCGACGGAGCAGCAGGAGGUGGAGACGAACAGAGGCAUCAAUAAACUACUGCUGGAGAAUAUACUGCCUGCUCACCUGGCAGACCGCUUCCUUAUGUCUUCCCAGGCAAGACAGGAGCUGUACCACGAGCGUUACAUCAAUGUGGGCGUGAUGUUUGCGUCCAUUCCCAAUUAUAAGGAGUUUUAUGACGAGACUGAUGUGAACAAGCAAGGGCUGGAAUGUAUCAGGCUGCUUAACGAGAUUAUAUGCGACUAUGAUAAGCUCCUGGAGAAGAACAAGUUUAGUCAGGUGGAGAAGAUUAAGACUAUUGGCAGCACGUACAUGGUGGCGUCUGGGCUCCAUCCUGGCAAAGAGGCGCAGGACAGAACCCAACACUGCAUCGUUCUGCUGGUGGAGUUCGCUCUGGCCCUCGCCGCAGUGCUGGACGCUAUCAACAGGGAGAGCUUCCAGAAUUUUAAGCUGAGAGUGGGCUUAGCACACGGCCCAGUGAUCGCGGGGGUGGUGGGUGCAGAGAAACCACAAUAUGACAUCUGGGGCAACACUGUCAACGUGGCCUCUAGAAUGGACUCCAGCGGGCUCAUGGGGCGGAUACAGGUAACCCAGGAGACAGCGGCCAUUCUGCAGAGGGCCGGGUGGGUGUGUGAGUGCCGUGGACCCACACCCAUCAAAGGCAAGGGCACACUCAUCACCUACUUCGUGUACACCCCUUACGACGGCCCCUCCUUCAGCGCCUACACCAGACCGGAGGACGGGGCGUUACUUCGGUUACCAUUCUCGCAAGGAGUGGCGGAGGAGUCGUCUAGGUCCGUGGCGCCAUCUACCUCCCCAGGGCGCCCUCCCGUGGUGAAGGUAGCAGUUGGUGAUGUUAGUAAGGUGGUGCCCGAGAAGGUUGUGGUGAGCGAAAGAGACGCCUCAGUGGGUACAGUGGUGACGGAGGGUGUGGUGGUGCCCUCUGCUAUCUCUGUCUCCACCUCCACCUCCACCUCCUUCUCCAGGGAUCAGGGUGGAAGGAAUGGAAGGGAGAGGAAAGAGGAGACAAGUGGACAAGUGGAUAUAAGGAAGAGAGAAGGAACAAAAGUGAAUCCCUGCCUCUUCUUCCCCUUCAUUCUCAGCCUCCUGUUUGUCCCUCUCAUCUUCCCUCCCCUCCUUCUCUCCCCACCUCCUCCUCCUCCCCACAAGUCUCCCUCUUCUCCACCUCAUCUCCUCCUCCUCCCCCGCCUGGAUGGAGGGAAGAAGAAGCGGAGGAAAGGGAGGAGAGUCAAAGGUGGAGGAAGAAUGACGCUGGGGAACUGGAAACACAAACUAAGAACAUGAAUGAGAGGCAGGAGGGAGGAAAAAAAGGAGAAAAAGGAGGAAAAGGAGGAAACGGAGGAGUAGGAGAUAAAAAGGAGAACAAAAAUUUAUCUCCUCGUGUGAAUUACCUCUCCAGUCCUCCAGUGUCGGUGUGUGUGACUCGCAAAGGACAUGCAACGCUGUAGAAAGCAAUCCCAGGCAAGACGGGGCACAUUUAGAUAAGUCACUCAUUACAACAAGCAUAAGAGAAAACGGUCUCACUUCGACUAUUCAAGGAAGACCUCACCAAACUCACCAUCCCUCGUUACCUUCAAAUAAAAAAGACCUAGACAGGGACAUGCACGAGGAGAGGAAGGUGUUAGAGGAGGAGAAAAGCACCACACGUCUUCCUAACACCUCCUCCUCCACCGUGACAAAGAGAGACACUGACGCAAAGGAGACAGUAGUGAGAUAUGUAAGAGAAACAGACAGCACUUCCACCAGGACAGUUCAGCCUCGUUUACAGAAGAGUGACGGGGUGAAGGGAGCGGAUAGAGUGAGUGAAGGGGUCAGGGGAAGUGUGAAGACGUCGCCAAAUAUGAGGAAGGACUACAAGGCUGUUCAUUUCACCUCCAGCGGGCUUAUGAGGAAGAAAAAUCAGGUGUUUGUGUGAAUGAGGGAAAAAAAAAUGGAAUGAUUACGUGAAUGAUGUGUUUCCUGUUAGUUAGUGAGUGAGUGAGUGAGUGAGUGAAGGUGUGCGAUACUUAAUGCUAUAAUUCUGUAUGCUGUUCUCGUAUGCUGUAUACCGCUUAUCGAAGAGUAUUAGGUAAAAAAGAAGUGAUAAUAUAAGAUACAUUAGUAAAAAAAGGGGAGAUAUGAAAAGAAAUAUUGUUUUUUUUUAUUUUUUAUAUAUAAGAUGAAUGUACGAGUGAGUGAAGGAAGUAUUACAAGAUUAGUGAUAGAAGGAGAGACAUUAGGGUACAGAUUGAGAAGUGACACAUACCUUAAGAAAACAAAGGAAAUGGAGAGAAGUAAAAGCAAAUGACUGACACAUCGAGAGGAAACAAAGAAAACGGGAGAAAUAAGAAUCAAUUAAUGACACACAAAUAAACGACACACAGGAAGGAAAAAAGGGAAAAGGAGGAAAACAAGAGUAAAUAAGUAACACAUCGUAAGGAAACAUGAAAAAAGGAGGGAAAUAAGGGCAAAUAACACACACCAUAAAGAAACAAGAGAAAUAAGAGUAAACAAACGACACACAGUAAGGAAACAAGGGAAAGGGAGAGAAAUGAAACCAAAUACGUGACACAGUAAGAGAAUAAGAGAAAAUAAAGGAAAUAAGAGCAAAUAAUGAUAAAUGAAGUACGUUGUGUAUAUAUUUGGUGCAUUAGUGGUAGGAGUGAAGCGCAGACAAUCACAGCAGACUAGAAACAAAAGAAUAACGACUUCAAACCAUUUUUUUUUUUUUUUUGUCAUACGAGGGACCAAAACUGAAGUGAAUGAAUGGAAGGACUUUAGAAACACAAUAAUAAUAAUAGUAAUGAUAAUAAUAAUAAUGAUGAUGAUAAUGAUGAUAAUUGGUUAGAAAGUGAGAUGAGUAAAAGAAAGAUGAUAAUGAUUAGUAGAAAAAAUAAUAAAGAAAUAUAUGAUAAAUUAGAAUAAGGUUGAAUUGUAACUGAGAGAGAGAGAGAGAGAGAGAGAGAGAGAGAGAGAGAGAGAGAGAGAGAGAGAGAGAGAGAGAGAGACGCACAAGUUAUCAUAUAUUUUAAUGGUAGUUAUUAUUAUUAUUAUUAUUAUUAUUAUUAUUAUUAUUAUUAUUAUUAUUAUUAUUAUUGCAUUUGUUUUCUAUAUUUUUUAUUCAUUUUAUAGAUUUUAUGAAGUUAUUUUUUUAUACAGCAAUGCUCUUAAUAAACUCUUAUGGCCAUGAUGUCUGUCUGUCUGUCUGUCUGUCUGUCUGUAGUGUGCUUAUGUGAAUACCUACAUAUCAGUCAUUCACUCUCACUCUCUCUCUCUCUCUCUCUCUCUCUCUCUCUCUCUCUCUCUCUCUCUCUCUGUUAGUUUAUAUAAAGUUUCUCACAUUAUUUUGUUAGUAAAUGUGUGUGUGUGUGUGUGUGUGUGUGUGUGUGUGUGUGUGUGUGUGUGUGUUCGUGAUUCUUUUUCUCUUGUUUGAAACACCGAAGCUGUAUAAUAGACACUUGUACAUACAGACAUACAAAGAUACAUAUUAAUUAUUUUUUUCCCACGUGUCCUGCGUAACGAAUUAAGGAUACAUUGACACACACACACACACACACACACACACACACACACACACAUAUAAACUAAGAUACAUACACACAUACACACACAUACAUACACACAUACACGCAUACAUAUACUUUACUGUAAUAAUUUUGUAAGGACGGGAGGGGGAGUAGGUAAGUGUGUGUGUGUGUGUGUGUGUGUGUGUGUGUGUGUGUGUGUGUGUGUGUGUGUGUGUGUGUAAACAAAACAAGUAUUCAUGUAGAUAAGAUAGCCAAAGUGAUUAUACAUACAUACUAUACAGUGUUACUAAUAGAACUUGUAAAUAAUCCUUUAAUCCUUCCAUCCUUCCAUCCUUCCAUCCUUCCUUCUUAUGCAAUCCUUUCCAUCUCUUCCUUUCCCUUCUUCUUCCUUCCUUCCAUCCUUCCUUACAUUAUUUUCCUUAUCUGAUUUCCUUUACCCUUUCCUUCCAAAUCACCGUACAUUGCAUUCCUACAGUGUAAAAAUACGAAGAUAUGUAUAACGUAAUGCCGUGUGUGUGUGUGUGUGUGUGUGUGUGUGUGUGUGUGUGUGUUCGUCAUCGCUGUUGUCACUUAGCAAAUAAAAUCAAUACUAUAACAUUUUAAAACUAGAUAUUUGUGAAAAAAAAUAAAAUAAAACUGCAUAAUAUUCUGAUCCGUUGGUGCUGAGAGAGAGAGAGAGAGAGAGAGAGAGAGAGUUUUUCCAGUUAUUUUUUAUUUGAUCUCUAAUAUUUUAACACAAAAACAGGAAAUAAUAUUGUAGUAACUAGACACAUAUAUAUUUUCUUUUUAUCCCGUUAGAAAAAGGUAAACAAAUAAAUAAUAGGCUCGUAGUAUUCUUAAGUCUGGAAAAUAUUAUAAGUCAACUGUCAAGCGAGAUAAUAUUUCCUUUUUGUAAGUGAGAGGCAGAUGGUAAAUAAAAUAUAUAUAUGAAAAAAAAAGAUGAUUAUUUUAAGGAUUUCAAAAGAUG